UUGAAUUUGCCAGGAAAUCCAGUCCUGUUGUGCAGUGUAAAAAAGGAUGGGCCACAGGAUGGAAACCAGCAAUCCAUGCAGCCAGAGAAGGUCGGCUGGGUUCGGAAAUUUUGCGGGAAAGGCAUUUUUAGGGAAAUCUGGAAAAACCGUUAUGUGGUUUUGAAGGGAGAUCAGCUUUAUAUCUCAGAGAAAGAGGUCAAAGAUGAAAAAAACAUCCAGGAAGUGUUUGACCUGAGUGAUUAUGAGAAAUGCGAAGAGCUCAGGAAGUCCAAAAGCAGAAGCAAAAAGAACCACAGCAAGUUCACGCUAGCACACUCCAAACAGCCUGGAAACACGGCACCAAAUCUGAUCUUCCUGGCCGUCAGUCCGGAGGAGAAAGAGUCCUGGAUCAACGCCCUCAACUCCGCCAUCACCCGAGCCAAAAACCGCAUCUUAGAUGAGGUGACUGUUGAGGAGGACAGCUACCUCGCCCAUCCGACCCGCGACAGAGCGAAAAUCCAGCACUCCAGACGGCCUCCGACACGGGGACACUUGAUGGCUGUGGCAUCUACCUCAACGUCGGAUGGCAUGCUGACACUGGACCUCAUCCAAGAGGAAGACGCCUCUCCCGAGGACCACGGGACCUGUGAAGAGAGCUUCCGGGUAGAUCUGGAUAAGUCCGUGGCGCACCUCGCUGCCGGCCGGCGCCGGUCGGAUUCGGAGAACGUCAAGUCCUCGGAGAAAGGCCGGUCGGUGAGCCUGCCGAGACGGGAGGCGAUCUCGUGGGACAAAACUGGGAAACGCAAUGACGCCUUCGAGAAAGGGACCAUGUACACCCCGCAGGUCCCCAAAAAGCUCUCGCACUCGGAAAAGAACAAAUGUGCCUCCAUGGAGGAGAUUUUGUCUCGCCGGGACUCUUCUGCGCACCGGGCAGUGCUGAGGAAGGGGCUGGAGGCUCAGUUUGCUUCGGGGGAGCCCGAGCAGCUGGCCCGGAUACAGGAACUGGUUGCACUGAAACUGGAAAAAACUCAGGAACUGCUGGCGGAGGUGAAGGGCUACGGGGAAGGGAAGCGAAAGACAAAAGAUUUCGCCGCUGCUGCCACCACCACCUCUUCCUCUUCCAAGUCGGACUCUGAGAGCAUCUUGCAGGAGACGCAGAGGUUGCUGGGCGAGGCCUCCUCCACCUGGAGCCAGGCCAAGAAGGUGUUACAGGAGAUUAAAGAGCUAAGGGACCUGUACAAACAGUUAGAACUGCAGCCGUCGGACCCUACACCCAAACAGAUCUCACAGUCUCAGUACAGGAAGAGCAUGAUGUGAAGGCACGCUUCAGGGUGGGGCGGUGGUGAUUUCUUUUUAUUAUUAUUUACGGUGUUCGAAACAGUACAACGUGCCUGUUCUCAUCAAAACUUGCUCCUCGAGCUUGACCCCUUCCCCUCCCCAGAUCUCCCCCCGUCCCCAGAUGAAACAAAAGGUGUUCCAAUAAAUCAGUUUGGAUUCCUA